AUGCUUGCUUUUAUGACUGAAAAUGGGAUGCGCCAACUUGGGACACCUAAAAUUGGGGUGUUUGCAGAAAGAGUUCGACCAGAUCCACUGCAUUGUGAAAUUAAUGCAUGGCAGCAUUUAUUAGAUUUAAUUUACUGCGAAUGUGUGAAGCAUAACAUGUUCCGGCAGUUUAUUAAAAUAUCAUCAGCUCCUGUUGGUCUUGAACAUAAUAAUCAUUUGGAAACUUUGGAUCAGAUUACAAACCCAGCUGAUUUAAAUGAUUCUAUGGCAGAAGACACAUUAACUUUGUCUGAGAUUGCUAUACCAGACG